ACCUGGAUUAUGAGACAAGAGGAGUUCAGCUUAGCUCCAGAGUUAACCCAAACACUUCAAUGGGAUCAGUAGCCAAUAAUGAGAGCUUCAGCAUUGAGCUACAACAGCUUGAUGCAGCUAAUGAUACUGCAAGGAACCAGAGAACUCAAUGGCUACUAACUUCUCCUAACCCACCAAGUCUUUGCCAUGAACUCAUUAACACAAUUAAAAAAACUGCGUUGCCUCAUGGAAAGACCACAAAACAAUCAAGAAAUGGAGCUUUCUUUUCAUUCUUCAAAGGCUUAUUUCCAAUUCUUAGCUGGGGUAGAAAUUAUAAAGGUACAAAGUUUAAGCAUGACAUUAUGGCUGGCUUAACUCUUGCCAGUCUCUGCAUACCUCAGAGUAUUGGAUAUGCUAAUCUCGCGAAACUCGAUCCUCAAUAUGGCUUAUACACCAGUGUUGUACCACCAUUGAUAUAUGCUGUGAUGGGAAGUUCACGGGAGAUUGCCAUUGGCCCUGUUGCUGUUGUAUCAUUACUGCUUUCUGCAAUGGUUCCCAAAAUUGUAGACCCCGCAGUUGAUCAUAUUGCUUACAGGAAUCUUGUUUUCACUGCCACAUUCUUCACUGGUGCAUUUCAGGCAGCUUUUGGACUAUUCAGGUUGGGGUUUCUUGUGGAUUUUCUAUCACAUGCUGCCAUUGUUGGAUUUAUGGGAGGUGCAGCCAUUGUAAUAGGCCUCCAACAGUUAAAGGGUCUGUUUGGGAUUAACCAUUUUACUACCAAGACUGAUGUGGUGUCUGUAUUAGAAGCUGUUUUCAAAUCACUCCAUAAUGAACCAUGGUUUCCACUGAAUUUUGUACUUGGCUGCUCCUUCCUCAUCUUCAUCCUAAUUACCAGGUUCAUUGGGAAAAGGAAUAAGAAAAUGUUCUGGCUGCCAGCAAUUGCUCCUCUUAUAUCGGUUGUACUAUCCACUUUGAUAGUUUAUCUAACAAAAGCUGAUCAACAUGGAGUCAAGAUUGUAAAACACUUCAAAGGGGGUCUCAAUCCAAGUUCACUUCACCAAUUACAAUUCAAUAAUCCACACGUUGGAGAACUCGCGAAAAUUGGGCUGAUUUGUGCUAUCGUCGCUCUUACUGAGGCCAUCGCUGUUGGUCGAUCUUUCGCUUCAAUCAAAGGCUAUCAUCUUGAUGGAAACAAAGAAAUGGUAGCCAUGGGAUGUAUGAACCUUGUGGGAUCUGUAACUUCUUGCUACACAGCAACUGGUUCAUUUUCAAGAACAGCAGUAAAUUUCAGUGCAGGAUGUGAAACAGUGGUGUCAAACAUAGUUAUGGCAAUCACAGUUCUCAUAUCUCUGGAGUUGUUAACAAAGCUAUUGUACUAUACUCCAUUGGCAAUACUGGCUUCAAUUAUCAUAUCAGCUCUUCCAGGAUUAAUUGACAUUAGUGAAGCAUGUCAUAUUUGGAAAGUGGAUAAGACAGACUUCAUUAUUUGCAUUGCUGCCUUCUUUGGAGUACUCUUUGGCUCUGUGGAAAUUGGUCUUCUAAUAGCGGUUGGCAUCUCAUUUGGUAAAAUAAUACUUGGUACCAUCAGACCAAGUGUACAACUCCAAGGCAGACUUCCUGGGACAGAUACAUUCUGUGACAUUACUCAAUUUCCUGUGGCCACUGAAACUCCAGGAAUCUUGGUAAUUAGAGUGAACAAUGCUUCACUCUGCUUUGCAAAUGCUAAUUUCAUAAGAGGAAGGAUAUUGAGCACAGUGACAAAUGGAAGUGAAGAGCACACCAAGGAAAAGAUUCGUGUUUUAGUGUUAGAUAUGUCAAAUGUAAUGAGCGUCGAUACAUCAGGAAUCGUUGCAUUGGAGGAAUUGCAUAGAGAAUUGGUAUCGCAGGGAAUACAAUUAGCUAUAGCAAACCCAAGGUGGAAAGUGAUCAACAAGUUGAAGGCAGCAAAAUUUCUAGAUAAACUUGGAAAAGGGUGGAUUUUCCUCACCGUUGGGGACGCUGUAGAUGCCUGCUUGAAUACCAAAAUGAGUGAUCUUAGCACUAUCAAUUGUUGAAUGUUUAUGAUAUAUAUUUAUGUUAAUUGUAUAAAUACAAUUGAGAGUAAUGUAUCAAAUAUCUAUUGAGUUUUAUUUCAAGAAAA